UCACAACUUGUUGAGCCCUUGGCAAGGGGGUAUUUAUCAACAAGCCUGAAGUGACCAGUCCAGAAGCAGUGGCCUAGCAGGACAAUACCCUCCCUGCAAUACAAAUUCAGUUCUUUCUGCAAGAACUCGCUGAGACUUGAAGGGGGCGUUCUAGAGGUAUCAUCAAAUCCAACGGGUGCGGAUGAAGUCGUUUACACUUCAGACUGAGAUUUAGUUUGAGCUGAUUGCAGGGCAAAAAAGCGGGCUACCACUCAUAAAUUUUGGAAGUGUUUGAGAAGCUCACUGAUAUGCUCUCUGAAGGACAGCCCGGAUUUAAGAAUUCAGAGACACCUGGAGAGAUAUAGUAAGUGAAAAUGAAAGGCAGUCGCUCGAGAUAUUGACUGCGGAGAAAGCCAUAAUCGAUACGUCUUGCUCUAAACACUUGGCAUACGCAGAGACAUGAGGUUCAGCAUGGAUCGCACACCGGAUAAGGUAUGAUAGAAUGUGUAUUCCUAACAUUAUCACUUUGACUUUCUGUGCGAUGAUACUAUGCGAGGCUAGUCAAGCUAACCAUAAAUUCCGAGUAGAUACAGUUCGCCGCCACUGGGCUAUGAGCAUAUGCUGCACUAUGCUGAGACUGGUGUCAGCUAAGCCCUUAUCAGGUUCUGCACAGGUAAAGAGGAUAUGCCCCUACUUACUACGUUUCAUACCAGCCUGAAAACUUGCUUUCUCGACGAGUUAGCAGAGACGCAGGAACGCAUACGCCACGGUCGCAGUCACUCUCGACCCAUGCAUCUUCCUAGUCUCG